AUGGAGUACCAAGCUUCGUCCGUGGCUCUCUCUCAGAAGCUCUCCAACGGUCACUCGAUAUACGACGGCGUUUUCUCUUCCCCUGCAUCUAAGUUUAAAGUCUCGGCUUUCUCGUCCCGAGUCGAAGACUACACCGAGAUUUUCGGCGGUUCUGGUGCUUCGCGAGGUUCGUCGAUCCCAGUUCUUGAAGUUCCGGAACUCCAUGAACGAAAGGCUUCAGUCGAUGUUCGGAGCUCGAAGCUCGAUUACUCAAAUGUUUUCAGUGGCUUCGGAGAUUCGGAUUUCGGAGUGCCUUAUGAAGAACUCUUUGCGGAGCCAAAGAAAAGGGGAACAAGCAGGACACCAGCUGAAAGAAGGGCCCCUUCAGAAGAGACAAAUCCUUCUAGUUGCGAGGGGAAUGGUGUUUUGUCUCAUGAAGCAUCUUAUCCAUCAUUUGAUGGUGCCAAGAAGUUCAACAUGUCAUACCAUAAAAGCAACCAUAGAAGCAAAAGUUUUACAGGUGGAACAAUGCUCCGUGCUGUUCCAGCAUAUACAUGUUUGGUUGAUGAAGUCACUCCUGUACGCGUGACUGAAGCUGAUAAACCAGUAUCCAACAAAGAAAAUGGUGCUUGCACUGACAAUAGUUUAGGUGAGAGAAUAAUGGACGGCAACCAUUCCAUGAAGGCCACGAGAGACCACCUAGCUGGUGAUGCUAGCAAACAGACUUCUGGGGGAGGUGCCAAGGUGCAAAACAAUUAUGAUCAGGAAAGAUCCGGUUCAAAUGAUGAGGUAUUUAAUGCAUGUGAAAUUGGGGAAGGACGAACUCGUCCUUCAAACAGGCCACCAAUUUCAAGUUUGGUGUCUGAGGACAAGGUUAAAUUUGAGAAACCAAUGGCUUCUACCUUUGGGAUUUCUAAAAGUGAUUAUUUUGAAGGUUCUGACACUGUUCAUUCACCACCGUACUUCGAUGAGGAAGUAGACACAAAUUCUAUUGCUGCUGCCUCUGCGGCUGCUUUGACAAAGGCAAUACAGGAGGCUCAAGCGAGGAUUAAAAUGGCGAAAAAUUUGAAGGAAAGAAACAAGGCUGGUCUGCAAAAUCAUGUCAAACUGCGGUUUAACAAUGAUACAAAACUUGAGGUGAGAAAGGGUGAUAAAUUUGUAGACAAAGCAAGCAUACCCAAAGAGAGGAAGACUCAGGAGUUACAUGAAGAAGUGGCUGUUCCUGUCCAUGUUUCUACUGGGCCAGAACAAUUAACUGCAGCAUUUGAAGAUGUGGAUAAGAUUUCUGGUGCUAAGGAAGCUGGAGAGGAAACACAGGAGAAGGAAUCUAAAUUAAGUCAAUCAGGUCAGAGGCAGGAAGAAGCUGAUGUAUCAGAAGCAACAGAACAGUUUUAUGAAUUUGAUGAUGCAGCUGAACCUGAUGUCUCAGAAGCAGCAGAACAGUUCUAUGAAUUUGCUGACACAGGUGAACCUGAUUUAUCAGAAGCAGUAGAACAGUUUUAUGAAUUCUCUGACUCAAGUGAAACCCAGGCUAUGACAUUAGAGCAUGAAGAAGCCAACACUGCAAUAAAAGUGAUGCAAUUUGUGGAUAAAGAUGAACAGGAGAAGAAGAAAACAACCAUGGAAGCUUUUGAAACCCCACAACUAGGUGGUGAGAGUUCACAAGCAGCUGAAGAAGAAGAAAACAGAGAAGUAGAAAAAAUAUUUGAUGCAGAUGGAGGGCAAUCUAAGUAUGAAGAACAUUGCACUGAAUUUGCAACAACUCAAAAGGCUUUUGAUCAGGAAGAAAAUGAGAAGAUACAGGAAGCUGCCAUAGAUCAUGAAGAGUUAGGGAAGCUUAAAGCUUCCCAUGUAAUGGAAGAAUAUAAAGAGAAACCAGGAGAGCUUGAGAAACAAAAAGGAGACAACAAAAGGCUUGAAACUCAGGAGUUACAGGAUACUAGACAUGUGAAAAGGAAAUUGAUGGCCCAGGAGCAGGUUGAAUUUGAGAAGAUAGGCAAGGAGGCUUGCAAGCAGGAAGAACAUGAGAGGGAACAAAUAGAUGUCCACGGGGAAGAAGACACUGAGAGGAGCUUCAACAAAGAUAGUGGCCAAGAAAUCAUUAAGGAGACACCUAAUGACUUUAAGGAUGAGGAAGAUUUUGAGAAUGAGAGGAAGUCUGAAGGAAAUGAGAAGGUUCAAGACACCAGAGAAAAUGAGAAGAUACUUGAAGGGGCUCCUUGUCAGAAGAAAGAGGAUUUAAAGAACCAAGAUUGCAAGUUUGAGACAAUUAAGAUCCUAUGUGAGGAGGGUGAAAGUGAGGACCUAAACAAAAAAGAGGGGCCCAUUAGUCAUGUAGAAUACGACAGAGAGGUAGAAGUAACUCCGAAGGUACCUGCACAUGAAAAUGAUGGAGGUAGAAUAGAAGUUACUGAAACUUUAAUUGAACUCAAAGAGAAUGGGAGCCAGUCAGAAUUGGUUGAAGAGGAUAACGGCGUGGUAGAGAAAGAGAUACAUGAAACAGAGGGAUUGGCUCCAGGUGUCAAACUUGCUGAGAUCCUAAAGCAAAUGGAAGAUGCAACAGAGAUCCAUUCUUCUGACAGAAAUGGAAUAUCUGCAAAGAGAAAUGACAUGGGAUUUGGUGAAAAUCAAGAUUACCACUUUGCCAGAGAGCCCGAAAUAGUAUUGAAUUUAGGAAAGCAUGUUGAAGAAUCUGGAGAUUUGGAUAAGGAUAUGAUGGAAGCUGAAGUUUCUGCGAAUCAUGAAAAGAACAAGAUUAAUUCCAAGUCUUCACAUAGGAAAAGAUGGUCUGAUAUAAUAGACGUUUCUGAAACUCUGAUUAAACUCAAGGAGAAUGGGAACCUAUCAGAGUCAGUUGAAGAGGAGAAUGCCGUGGAGGAGAAAGAUAUAUGUGAAACAGAUGGCUUGGCCCUGGGUGUCAAACUUGCUGAGAUACUGAAGGAAAUGGAAGAUUCAAUAGAGACCCCUCCUUCUGAUGAGAAUGAUAUAAAUAUAAAUAGAAAUGCCAUGAACUUUUGGCAAAAGCAAAAUGACCAGCUUGCCGGAGAGCCUGUAGUGUUGUACAAUUUAGAAGAGCAUGUUGAAGAAUCGGAAGAAAUCAAUAAAGAUAUGAUGGAAGCGGAAGUUGCUGUGAAUCAGGAAGAGAGCAAGAAUAAUUCCAGGUCUUCUCAGAGGAAAAGGUGGUUUGGUGAUGGGAAAAAUACAGAAGUAGCUCAGCUUUCUCACAUGUUCAGAAGAAAAGGGGGAAAUGUGCUACUGGACCAUGAAAUGCGGGCAAGCCUACGUACAAAGGAAAAUAAGGAGAAGCAUGAAAAACUGGGUACAAACCAAAGGUUAGAAGAAAAUGAGGAGAAUCAACAAGCAACCCUGACAAAAGAGAGUGAAACCAUUGAUACUUCACUGAAAGAAGUUGAACAAGAAAAAAGUGAGAAUUGUCAGACAACCUUCACUGCAGAAGAGAGCGAAACCGAGCAUAGUUCACAGAAAGAUGUGAGAGAAGGAAAAAACGAGAAUCAAGUGACCCUAACAACACAAGAGAGUGAAAACAAUUACACUUCCCAGAAAGAAGUGGAACGAGAAAGAAAGGAGAAUCAACAAGAAACCCUGACUGCAGAAGAGUGUGAAACUAGUGACUGUUUGCAAAAGGAAGUGGAAAUAGAGAAAGAGCACCAGAUACAAAAAGCAAAUGCAAAAGGGAGGGAAAGGGAAAGAGUAAAGGAGAGGAAAGCUGUUGAAAGAGUAAUCCGUGAAGCUCGUGAAAGGGCAUUUGCUGAAGCCCGAGAAAGAGCUGCUGAAACUCGUCAAAGGGUAAUGGCUGAGGCCCAAGAAAAGUUAGGGAAGACUUCUGGACAGGCUAAUGAUAUAUCCUUAGCUGAGAAGGCUUCAAAGGAAGCCAAACUGAAAGCUGAACGUGCUGCUGUGGAAAGAGCAACUGUAGAGGCUCGAGAGCGUGCCUUAGAAAAAGCAUUAUCCGGGAAGGCUGCCCACGAGGCAGGAAAGCAGACUAAAAGGUCUUUGUCUGAGAAAUUUUCUGGUGCUUCUAGAGAUGAUGGACUGAAGCCUGGUGUUUCUCCCUUUGAUCCAGAGUCUAAAGGUUCAUUCCCUUCAAGCACGUCAAGAAACCCAAAUUCUUCAAAUCACAGUGAUCCUUACUCUGCUGAGAGGUCUGGUGGAACUAAUGGUGAAUCAGCUCAAAGGAGUAAAGCUAGGUUGGAGAGGAAUCAAAGGACGGCAGAACGUGCAGCUAAAGCUCUUGCGGAGAAGAAUAUGCGUGAUCUUCUUGUACAGAAAGAGCAAGCAGAGAGAAAUAGAUUAGCAGAAGCGCUUGAUGCUGAUGUCAAAAGGUGGUCAAGUGGAAAGGAGAGGAAUUUGCGGGCACUGCUUUCUACACUACAAUAUAUCCUCGGCCCGGAUAGUGGUUGGCAGCCAAUUCCCCUGACGGAUGUUGUUACAGCUGUGGCUGUAAAGAAAGCUUACCGUAAAGCUGCUCUCUUUGUUCACCCAGACAAGUUACAGCAACGGGGUGCAAGCAUCCAGCAGAAGUACACUUGUGAGAAGGUGUUUGAUCUUCUAAAGGAGGCGUGGAAUAGAUUCAAUGUGGAAGAGCGGUAG